UUAUAUAUAGAUAUACUUUCCCUUCAUCAUGGCCCCCCUUCUUGUCCUAUUUCAGCUUUUCGCUCUUUUAACUACAUUGGCUGCUGGAAAGCCAAUCACCUUCCCGAGACGGGUCUCGGAGCCUCCGCGGGACGGCGGCAUCAGUUUCCCCCUGGAUGUUCGUCUGCGCGCGCUGGGCGACACCGCCGUGCUAGCCCGCAUCACGAACACCGGUCAUGAGAGUCUCGAAAUCGUCAAGAGCGGCGGUCUGAUGGACUGGCGCCCCACGCGCAAGGUCAACAUCACCAGCGACAACGACGCCCUCUUCGACGGCGCAGAGGUCCGCUACAUCAACAGCCACCUCUCCCGCGAUGCCUUCGCGCACAUCGCCCCCAACCAGACCCUGCACACCACCUUCGACGUCGCCGACUUCUACGACCUGACCGCAGGCGAGACCUACACCGCGGCCGCCAACAGCGCCCUGGAAUACACCACCAGCAAGCAUCCCACGAAGUUCGCCCGCGCCGCCUACCGCACCAACACCAUCACCAUCACGACCCCCAAGGACCGCCCCACCACCAAGCUCAGCGCGCGCUCCACCCUCGCCGACUGCACCGCAGAAGACACCCAAGCCGCGCACGACGCCCUCGGCCGCGCCACGCAGAUGGCCCAAGCCGCCGCGGCAGACGCCCGCGCCGGCACCAGCGGACUCUUCGAAAAGUACUUCAAGACCUCCGACCAGGCAGCCCGCGACCAGGUCGCCUCCCGCAUGGACGCCGUCGCCUCCGAGGCUAACUCCGUCGGCACCCUCACCUACUACUGCCAGCCGUCCGGCGACGACGCCUGCGGAGGCAACAUCGCUGCCGUCACCUACCCCACCGAGAACAAGGUCGUCAACUGCCCGGCCUACUACCAGACCGUGGCUAUCUCCAACGACUGCGGCUACCUCGACCGCGCGAGCGUCACGCUCCACGAGAUCACCCACGCUUCUAUCUCUGAGACGCAGGGCACGGACGAUAUCGCCUAUGGCAUUGACGAUGUGUUGGCCUUGGGUACGGAGGAUGCGUUGAAUAACGCUGAUACUUUCGCUUACUAUUCUUCCGACUCCUUCCUCAAAUGCUACGACCAAGGAACCGCCGCGCCCGCGCCCGUCAAGGCAGCCCCUCCCGCCGCGCCUCCUGCUCCUGCUCCUCCUGCUCCUGCCCCUCCUGCCAACAACAACGACGAUGGUAACGUCGUUACCGGUGGCAAUGCACCUCCCGCUGGUGAUCUCAACCCUGGUGAGGUCUGGGUCGCUGUCGCUACUAUCACUGUUGCGGCUGAUGUUGUGCCGGAGGCUACGACUGCUCCUGCUGUCUAGUCUUAGUUAUGGACUGGGUAGUGAGUUAGUGAGUGAGUGGGUCGUGGGAUUGGACGCAUUGGAUUGGAUUGGAUUGGUAUGGAUUGG